AAUGGCCAUUUCUUCAGUUCCUGGCAGAGGCUUGAAGCACUGGAUGCACACUCUGAAUCACUCUUUUCUAUGGCGAAGUCAUGUAAAGCCUCCAGGGCAUUCAAAAUGUCUGGAAGCUGAUACCGUACAGCUUGUACAGCCUCCACACGGCAUUCCCAUCUGGUGGUUGACAAGGCCUUGAUGGUAAAAUCCGACCGCCGGUAGGGGGCCCCAAGCAACCGCCUACCUAUGCCUCUAUGUUAAGACCGCCACUGAUCUCACCCGAAAACCCCUCUGAAUACCGAAAAACGGGAUAAAACACACCGGUUAUGGAGGCUAGAAGUGUUCUGGUUUUGUGUUUCGCCUGCCUCAGCGUGUUUACUGGCGCGCGUGGCGAUAAAAAGGACAUUUACGCUAAAAUCGUGGAUUUGGUGGCUCCAGGUAAAGAGUUCCUCACAGAAGAUGCGCUUCUCUCGGUGUUUGAACGGCUGGAGAACCGUGUGCAGUGCUCCGGUGUGUCGUGUGGAAAGUGUCUUUCAGUGGAUCAUCUCUCGCAGCUGCUGAGUAACUACAGCAGCUCUCAGGGGCUUCAGAUGGAGGAUUUCUUCACCGUGGCUCCUGCAUGCUGUUUGUUCCUCAGCGCUCCGCUGGAGACCUGCAGGGCCAUACAGGAGGGCCGCUGGGGCGUAGAGACCGAUCACUUCAUCGAAAUGAUCUACGGCCACGACCAUGACCAUAACAACACCACUGAUCAUCCUCCUCAUGGAGACAUCGGUGAAUCUGAGGGUUUGGAGAUGAUGUUUUACGAGAUGGAGAAAUUCUAUCAACCUGAAACACAUGAGCCCUGUCUCACUAUGAAGGACAUUCUGGAAGAGAGCAGCCAUCAGCACGGCGAUCACACGCACACAGAGCUGGACUCCGUGAUGGGAAACGUCCUCUAUCACGCUCUGCGUGGAGACUGCAUGAAAGCACACCACCUUCCUGAGCAGCAGUACUUCCUGGAUUACAUCUUCAGCCAUUUCGGCUCUGAUAAUCUCAUGCUUCAUGAUUUUGAAGGGCUUCUAAAGGCUUUAAACCUGGGUGGAGAGGAACAUGACCAUGACCAUGAUUAG